UGCGUAGUGUUAAGGGGCGGGAAAGCGGCGCGCAUGCGCAGUCCGCCGUCGCUUCUCCCCCUCAGCUCUGAGGAGGCGCCGCCAUUUUGUGAGGGCGCCGUUUCCAUUCUCGCAAUGCGUCCCGGUAUUAAACUAUUCGUGGGCAAUGUCCCCGAAGAAGCCACGGCCGAAGAACUGAGCGAACUAUUUUCCGGUGUAGCCGGUCCGGUGCUCGGUAUCGCUUUAAUGAAACAAUUCGCUUUCGUUCAUCUCCGGGAUGAAGCGGCGGCGACACAAGCCAUCGCUCAGCUCAACGGGCACCAGCUGCACGGCCGGAGGAUCGUGGUGGAACCGUCCAGGCCUCGGCCAACAAAUACCUGCAAGAUCUUUGUGGGCAACGUGUCGGCCGCCUGCACCAGCGGCGAGCUCAGGGCCUUGUUCCAGCAAUACGGCGCCGUCGUGGAGUGCGAUGUGGUCAAAGACUAUGCAUUUGUUCACAUGGAGAAUGAAGCAGAUGCAAAAGUUGCCAUCGAAAAUCUUAAUGGGAAGGAGGUGAAAGGAAGAAGAGUCAAUGUGGAGCUCUCGACCAAUGUUCAGAAAAAGGGAGCGGGUCUGGCCGUGCCGGCCGGCGUCGUGGUGGACAAGAACAAGCGGAUAGGCCUGGAGUACAGGGAGAAGUUCCAGCCCAAGAUUGAGGGCUUCGAGCAGCGCCGGCUCGCGGACUCCACCUUCCCCGCCGCUGCCACUGCUGGCUACACCGCCGCCUCCUCCUCCUCCCUGUACGAUUACCAGCAGCGCUUCGGCACCGCCGCCAAGUACGACGGCUUUGACGCGCAGCCCCGGCCCUCAUCCCCCUCCUACUUCGGCCGGGACCGCAGCCCCCUGCGGCGCUCCCCGAGCCGGGCCGGCUACUCGGCAGCCACGCUCCCGGUGACGGCGCAACCGGCCGCUUACCGUGCCCAGCCCUCGGCCUCGCUGGGGGCCGCUUACCGCGCGCAGCCCUCGGCCUCGCUGGGCGCCGCGUACCGCUCGCAGGCUGCCGUUUCCCUGGGCGCCUCGCAGCCCGCCGCCGGCUCCCUCGCCUCCUAUGGUGCCCAGCCCGCUGCUGCCGCCUCCUACGGCGUGCAGCCCGCCGCCUCCCAGCUCUCCGGCUACGGCGUGCAGCCCUCAGCCCUCGCCUCCUCCUAUGGGGCGCAGGCUGCUUCCGGCUACUCGGCCGCUUACGGUGCCCAGGCCGCUGCCGCCUACGGUGCGCAGGCCGCUGCCGGCCCCACUGCUUCCUAUGGCGUGCAGUCAGGAGCCACGCAUGUGGCUUCCUAUGGCACGCAGCCCACUGGCUACGGCGUGCAGCCCGUUGACGGCCACGCUGCCUCCUACGGCGCUCAGCCUGGCGCCGCGCUCCCUGCCUCCUACGGCACCCAGCCGGUGGUGGCUCACGCCGGCUCCUACGGUGCCCAGCCGGUAGCUGGCCACGCUGCCGCCUAUGGUGCCCAGCCGGUAGCCGGUCACUCAGCCUCCUACGGUGCCCAGCCGGUGGCCGCCGCGCUUACGGCUUCCUAUGGCGCGCAGCCGACCGCCGGCCACUCAGCGUCCUACGGCGCUCAGCCCGCGGCCAACAUGCCCGCCUCCUAUGGCAGCCAGGCCGCCGCGCUCUCUGCCACCUACGGCGCGCCGGCUGCCUCCUCGCUGGCCGCCUCCUACGGCAGCCAAGCUGCCGCCGCCUCCUACAAGGCACAGGCUUCCGUCCCGCUGACGGCGGCCUACCGAGCCCAGGCCUCCAACUCGAUGGCGGCCUCCUACCCGGCGCAGCAGGCCUCCUCCGCGUCGCUGGUGGCCGCCUACAGAGCCCAGCCAGGCAGCGCCUACGACGGGCCAAGCCAGCUGGGGCAGCAGGCUGCCUCCUACCUGGGCCUCUCUCAGGCCGCCGCCGUUGCACCGCCCUACGAGCGCACCCGCCUCUCCCCGCCUCGCAGCGCCGGCUAUGACGAUCCGUACAAAAAAUCCUCCGCUCUGGCUAAAAGGUACAAUUCAGACCGCCGUUUCUCUGAGCUCUCAGAUUACCGCCGCUUGGCGGACUCCCCGCUCGCGUACCGCCGCUCGCCGACAAAGUCCCCGAUGGAUUACCGCCGCCUGCCGGAAGCGCACGCCGAUUACGCCCGCUACUCGGGCACCUACGGCGAUUACCUGCCCACGGCCCGCGUGCAUUCGGGCUACCAGCGCCGCCUGUAGCGUGCCCUGAGCCCCCCUCUCCUCCCCCCCCCAACCCUGCGCCAGACUCUCCGCGCCGCCCCCCCUUAAGAUCCCCCCUCCUCCCCUUCCUCCUAAAGGCACGGAUGGUUGGUUUGGGGGUUGGUUGGUUUUUUCUGGGUUAUUUUUUAGCCACUUUUUUGUUGUUUGGAGUUUUUCAGAAGGUUUUGCAUCCACGGUUCAAGCAGCUCCCGUUGUGUGACGGGAGGAGCACGGUUGCAGGUCCGCCUGUAGCGCCGCGACGCCACACUUUGCCUGUUGGCACUAAAUUGCUCCGUUUGCAGCCCAAACCGUUAGCGCCGCACACGGCCCCUCCAUCCCCCAACCCCCCCAGUCCCCCUCCCCAACACACACACCCCCUUUUUAGCAUUGAGUUCAAUCCAGGCACGGCCUCGGACUCGACCCUGCGGCGCCGAGUGACAUUUUGUACGACUGUAAAUAAACUGCUGGGCUGUUCCCAGGUGAGAAACCCUC